UGCCCUGUACUACCGAUUGAGAAGGAGAAUGGAACCGAACCAGCUGAGCAAUAGGAAAAGGAAAAUUGAGGAGAUGGAAGGAGAAGACAGGCUGAGCGAUUUACCGGAUUGUCUUCUCCAUCACAUCUUCCUUAUCGCCGGCACAGAACAUGUUGUUAAAACCUGUAUUAAAUGGCCUGAAACUUUGGAGUUGUCCUCUUUGAGAAAUUUGGAGACUCUAAAACUUGUUGGCUUAUUUAGUGGAAGUUUCAGUGUUUGUGCUCUGAACCUGAAAACCUUUGAUAUUUUGAAUAUGGAGAAACGGGUGCCUUAUUCGGACUGUGAAUUUGUUAUUGUGGCUCCAAAGCUUAUAAAAUUCAAGUUUGAUGGUUAUCCUCCUAAACUCUUCUCUCCCAAGAAUCUCUCUUCUCUGGACCAAAUUGAAAUUGAUAUGCCGAGCAACAGAGAACUGAAUUUGUUUACUAAUAAGGAUAUGAAGAAGAAAGAAUAUGCUCUCAAAGUGCUCCAAAUGCUUAAUGCAUUUCCUAUUGCAAAAACCAUCACAUUGUCCAUGAACGUCAUUCAGGCUUUAUCCUAUGCUCCUGCUUUACUGAGCGAGCACCCUUCGCAAAUCUCAAAUCUGAAGUAUCUGAAGGUGAAGAGCAGCAAGUCAACCAAGAAAGUCAUGAUACCGAGCAUUAUCUUAGAUUACUUUCUUACAAGCUCUCCGUUGCUGGAAACAUCAUUAAUGAAGCGACCAACAAAGUUAUUGCACAAAGGUGAUUAAAGAAAUCUUUGGUUGUGUAGGUUAUUUUAUCUGAAUUUUGGUUAAACUGUCGAUGUUUAUAGUAUUAUGCACUUUUCUGGUGUAAAUUAGGGUGACCGAUUAUUUUAAUCUACUUGUUAUUUUGGUUAA